AUGGCGCCAAUCCAGUCAUCUCCUCGUGGUUCCUCGCAAAACCCCCACGAGGGGCUUAGCUUCCUUGUCAUCCGCUUCCCAAACACAAUCCCCGUCCAGCUACGCAUCCACUUUGGCCGCUUCACGUCAGAGGUCAAAUUCUGCAUGGACAUCCCCGACCCCAACGGGACCAAACUCCCCGCCGGAGGAGACGGCGAGUUCCGCCCCGUGGCCCGCCCCGCCGUGGGCCAAGAACUCCCCCGCAGCAGCUACAUCCUCGCAGACCUCAUCCCGCCGGCCAACCGCGCCAUCGGCCUCAGCCCCCCAGCUGCCGGCGCCAACCUAGAGCUCUUCGACGUCUACGACUUCAUCUGCAUCCUCGCCAGGACCCCGCUCGUUGGCAACGCCGGCCAGCGCCUGCUAGACCGCUAUGCCAACGACCCGGGCCACAGCAAUCGCCUCCGCACCCUUGCCACCCGCUACCUUGCCCAGAUCCGUGGCGACACUAAUCCGUUCAUCGCGGCGUGGGGCAGGCAUGAGCGAUGGUUUCCCAUGCACCUUGCUGGUGUUCACUUCUGGUGCGAGCCUGAUUGGGCCGAAGGGUCGAAGAUGGACGUCUCUGAAGGGCAUUGCGCGGAUGGUUUGGCCGAUUAA